UGCUUUCUCAUCUACACAGACAAAAUCACUAAAUUUUCCCUUGCCUUCUCUUAAUCCAAUAAUAAAGAGAAAAGGCGUAAAAGUCCAACACAUUGCCGAUAGGUGGUGGAAUUUCAGGGGAAGGAAUGACAGGUUCUAGCGGCGGCCCCCUUUGGGGUCGUCUUUGGCCUCAAUUGGCCGUGGCAUUGGUUAUUCUCUUUGUUUCAAGCAAUGCAGGUUCAGUCUCAGGAGAUGCUUAUGUUUAUAGUUCACCACCUCCACCUUAUGUAUACAAGUCUCCACCACCUCCAUCACCAUCUCCUCCACCUCCUUAUAAAUACAAGUCACCACCUCCUCCACCACCAACAUACAUGUACAAAUCCCCACCAACCCCAUCUCCAUCUCCUCCUCCACCAUAUAUCUACAAGUCACCUCCUCCACCUUCUCCUUCCCCACCACCACCAUAUGAGUACAAGUCACCACCACCACCAUUUUCAUCUCCCCCACCACCUUAUGUCUACAAGUCACCGCCUCCACCUUCAACAUCACCACCCCCACCUUAUAUCUACAAAUCUCCUCCACCCCCUUCACCAUCCCCACCACCCCCCGACCAUUAUAAGUCUCCACCACCUCCUUCGUCAUCUCCCCCACCACCUUAUGUCUACAAGUCUCCCCCUCCACCUUACAUCUACAAAUCUCCUCCACCCCCUUCAUCAUCCCCACCACCUCCCUACUAUUAUAAGUCUCCCCCACCUCCCUCACCAUCUCCUCCACCCCCAUACUACUACAAAUCCCCACCACCACCAAUUCACUCCCCUCCUCCGCCAUACUACUACAAAUCACCUCCCUCACCGGUUCAUUCCCCUCCCCCACCUUACUACUACAAAUCACUACCCCCACCAUCUCCGUCACCUCCUCCACCAUACUACUACAAAUCACCUCCACCACCAUCCCCAUCACCUCCUCCACCAUACUACUAUAAAUCUCCUCCUCCACCAGUUCAUUCCCCUCCCCCACCAUACUACUACAAAUCACCACCACCACCUUCCCCAUCACCUCCUUCACCAUAUUACUACAAAUCUCCUCCUCCACCGGUUCAUUCCCCUCCUCCACCUUACUACUACAAAUCACCACCUCCACCAUCUCCAUCACCUCCCCCACCGUACUACUACAAGUCACCACCACCACCCUCACCAUCUCCUCCCCCACCAUACUAUUACAAAUCUCCUCCUCCACCAUCACCAUCUCCUACCCCACCAUACUACUACAAAUCACCUCCUCCACCAUCGUCAUCUCCUCCCCCACCCUACUACUACAAAUCCCCACCACCUCCAUCCCCUUCUCCUCCACCUCCAUACUACUACAAAUCCCCUCCACCACCCGAUCCUUCACCACCACCUCCAUACCACUACAAGUCCCCACCACCUCCAUCACCAUCUCCUCCACCACCCUAUUACUACAAAUCCCCACCUCCCCCCUCACCAUCUCCUCCACCCCCAUACUACUACAAAUCCCCUCCUCCACCAUCCCCCCCCCCUCCACCCCACUACAACUCCCCACCCCCG